AUGUCUUUCCAAGGAGAUGUGGAUGUACCCGACUACGCAAACCUCCGACAACACGUCCACAACCCCGGCUGGUCGGAUGCUCAAGAACGCAUCAUACUAGAACCAUACACAUACAUCAGCACAAACCCCGGGAAAGAGAUCCGCUCCAAGCUCAUAGCGGCGUUCAACCUCUGGCUGGACGUCGAGCCUGGGGAUUUGGAGGUCAUCACGAAGGUUGUGAGGAUGUUGCAUAAUGCUAGUUUGCUGAUGGACGACGUCGAAGAUUCCUCUGAACUCCGGCGCGGUCUCCCCGUAGCACACACCAUAUACGGUAUCCCCCAAACCAUAAACACCGCCAAUUACGUCUACUUUCAAGCUUUCCAACACCUCUUGGAGCUGGGGAAGGAUCGGCUUGUCGGGCGUGGGGAGAGUGGGAGUGGGGGGAGGGGGAGGGGAGGGGAGAAGGAUUUGGUGGAGGUCGUUAAUGAGGAGCUACUGCAGCUUCAUAGGGGGCAGGGUAUGGACCUCUUCUGGCGAGAUUCGUUGACAUGCCCGACGGAGAAGGAAUAUGUGGAUAUGGUCCUUGGCAAGGCGGGAGGGCUGUUGAGACUAGCUGUGAAACUCAUGAUGGCCAAAUCUGACUCCAAAGCCAACUACGUCCCGCUCGUCAACCUCAUCUCCAUCUGGUUCCAAAUACGAGACGACUACAUGAACCUCUCUUCCACCGAAUACGAGAGUAAUAAAGGCUACUGCGAAGACCUGACAGAGGGCAAAUUCAGUUUUCCGAUCGUACACGGUAUCCGCGCAGACCCUUCCAACCGACAAAUCCUCAACGUGCUACAAAAGAAAACAACCCUCCCCUCCCUCAAACACCACGUCGUCACAUACCUCCAACACACCACGCACUCCUUCACAUACACCCGCUCCGUCCUAAAGUCGCUUGAAGGGCAGAUAUUGGAAGAGAUUAGAGAGUUGGGGGGGAAUGGGAUGUUGGAGGGAGUUGUGGCUGCCUUGAGCUUGGGGGAGGAGGUGGAAGAGGGUGGGGUUGAAGAGCCUGUUUGA